AAAGGUUUUGCUGUGAAAGAUGCAACGAGAGGAUGGGUACGAUGCGGAUAGUCUCUUUAUAAAGCAUUCCGUGGCAGAUGUGCGGAUACUCCAUGCGCGAACCAGCACGGACAUUGAGCGCAAAAAGCAGGAUCUACGCGUCAUGGUCGGCGAACGGUACCGAGACCUCAUCAACACUGCUGACGCCAUAAAGUCCAUGCAAACCCAUUCAACAACCAUUUCGCAAAAUAUCGAGUCACUAUCGACCAUGUGCGAUGCGCGUACGUUAAAGACUGCCGUGGGCAUGCGGUUGGUGAAGGAUAAAGAUGCUAGUCUGGAACAAAAGCGGGGGAUAGUGUAUUCGGUUGCGGCACAAAUCAAGGUGUUGGUGGAUACACCCGAGCAGAUUUGGCACGCGAUGGAAUCCCAUGCCUACCUGACCUGUACACUCCUCUACAUCAUCGCCCAAAGAAUUUACGAAAACCUCCAACAAUCUGAUACAGCGUUGCGUCCCAUGAUGUCGUUUCCAGUGAUACGACGCCAAUGGAAUGCCGUGAGCCAUUUCAGAGCUCAGAUUAUUGAGCGCGCUCAAGGGUUCCUGGGAUCGUUCGAUCAAGAUCCACAGAACAUUGCAGAAACCCUCUGCGCUAUAACCCUGCUCGAACCCACACACGAACCCCUCCAAUCACUCCUCACAGCUCGCCGCCACCUCCCACACCCGUCAAAUUCAACGCACCCCAUCGAAACCACACUUACCUCAUUCACAAAAACUGUUCAAGAUAUUUACACCCUGUUUUGCAAAGAUGUCUUUUCACGAACGGUACAACGCGUCCAGGACACGGACAUGACGGGGUUGUAUAGGAAUAUGCAUAGUAUUUGGCGGUAUUUGCCGGGGAGUGUGCAGGAGUUUCGACCGCGUGUGGCAUGGGCGGGUGUGGAUGUGCGCGACGGGGUGCGAGCGUGGGUGGAACUAAUGGAAAAAGAGACGACAAAGAGUGUGGAAGGAGCGUUGGAGCAUGUUAUGAGUGGAAAAGACUUGAAGAGGAUUCGAAAGGGGGUGGAUGAGGUGUUGGAAGAGUUACGGGAUUGGGAUGUGAUGUGUACAGCUGUGGUUGGCGAAGCCUACGACCUUUACACCCGCCUCCUCCACACCCCUUUUGCACACACCACCGACCGCACCCUCGAAACCCAUUUCAAACGCCUCUCGUCCCGCCCAACAACAUGUACACUCCCACCUUGCACGAACCUGUCCACCGAACUCUGGACACGAGGUGCCAUGGACGGAAUGACAAAAGUGGCAGACGGAUUCGAAGGAGGUUUGAAAGCGAUACUAGAGGACAUGAAGGGACUCGAAACCAUCCGUUUUGAUCAAGUCUUUCAGAAUGGUAUGCAGGCGUACGUGGAUGGGUUACGGUUAUUAAUGGUCGGAAAGGGCAUGGAUGACACAUUGGGCAUCGGACGGGUUGCAAAGCGGGUUGCCAUGCGAUUAAAGGGGAUGCAAGGGGAUUUACCCUGUGGACCAAAAGUUCUAGAGGGGUGUUUGGAGACCUUCAUGAAGCUUUAUGUCGAUUGUCAUUCCGUGUGGGUGACGAGUGUCUGUGAGCGAGUUCGGGAGAUAUUGGUACGGGGAAUACAAGACGAGAUGCAGCAUGACAUGGUACAGCUUGGGAAGGAUCAGGGUCAGGAUGAGGACUUGAUCAGCCAACCUUCCACAUACGUGCUCCAGGCGUUAUGGUACAUUCAUCAAGAAUGGAAUCGCGUUGGAGGCGUUACACUCGAAAAGAGCAUUGUGGAGCACUUGAAACAAGAGCUGGGACGAACAAUCCAAGACGUUUAUCACCACACAAACUCUGUUCAACGGGCAUUUCAUAUCAUGUACCUAUCGCGAUUGGGAUUCCCGCUCUCCAUGGAGGAACCUGCGCUUGCAGAUGUGGUUGAUAGGUACCAUGCACGUACAUGCACGUUAUUCGGAGCGUUUGGUACAAAUGUACCUGCUUUGAAACCGGUGCAGGUGCGGGAUGUGCCUGUUGUAACGCCUCCGAGGUUUACGCUUUUGCCGGUGACGAGGGGAAUCUAUCGAGGUUUUGCGUGAUGGACAUUGGAAUGUGUGGUGUGCAAGUUGAUGUGUUUGCGAAUGGAAUUUCAUCUCGGUUCUGAACUUUUAAGAGGGAGGAAUUCCAUAGAUACAUGGAUGCAUAUGACGCCGUAUCCCUUAAGCGCCUAAAAAUCAUUCUCACCCAAGAGGGCACACACAAAAUUUUACAUUUGAUACAUGAAGAGUUCAUGUCGGUGCCUCAAUACACGUAAUACUCUGGAUUGCGCAACCGUAGAUAUGCAAUGAAUGCCUGCAAUAUCCUCC